AAUGGCGAGUCUGUGCAAGCGGCAGCAAUGCACGAUCGAGAGGCGCGGCUUUCGGCAGGAACUUGACUCGUGGCGGCACAAGCUCAUUCACUGUGUGGGGUUUGAAAGCAUCUUGGAGGGACUGUUUGGGCCGGGACUCAUAAAAGAUCUUACCCUGUUUCAAGAUUGCGAGCCUGAAGGAGUGUCAGACUGGUCGUUCGAUGAAAAUUGUCUUUUCUGCUGCUUAAGACGAGAGAAAGUCAAGGAACACCUAGUUGGCCUAAACAACCAAGUCUUGCUUGCCGGGGACGUCUGCAAACAGGAACAGUCCAAAAUUAACAGGCUAGAGAAGCAAGCAGAAGAGUUCCUCAAUGCUGUCUUUUACAGAAAAGCAGACAUCCCAAGCUUCUCCGAUCCCCACAUUCCUCUAGUGGCUCGCGAGAUAAUGCAGCGAAUGAUCAGGCAGUUCGCUGCUGAAUAUACCUCAAAAACCAGCUCUUCUCAGGACCCCCCCCAGCCCAACGGCACCAAGGACCAAAGCCCGCCAAAAGCGGCCCCCCUGGCCGCGCCUCCUGCCGCUGCUACCGCUGCCGCCGCUGCUACCGCUGCCGUCGCUGCCUCUGCACAGAACCCCGUCCUCAGCAAGCUUCUCAUGGCUGACCAGGACUCCCCGCUGGACCUCACCAUCAAGAAGCCAGAUGUGGAAUCCCUGGACCAAGAUGGUGUGCUUGACCUUUCAACCAAAAGGGGUCACCACAGCACCGGCGGUUCCUCGCUCAGAAACUCUCACGGCUGCUCGACGCCACCCGUAGCGAAAGGUGACCGCUGGAAUUUGAGUCCGACGAAAGUGAGGGAACUGCAGUCUGUCUCUUCUCUGGAGCAGUUCAUGGCCAAGCUGUGUUCUCAUCAUCAGCGGCAAAUGAUUGACGCUCUGAGGUUCUUACAGACAGAAGUCAGGGCCUUGACAGUUUCCCAGUCUCCAUGUUCAUCUGCUGCUGAUGUGACACUGGAGGCAAACCCAUGCUCUAUGUCCCAGUCAGAAAAUGUGGUCAUCCCAUCCUCUACUGAUCAGUCUUCCACCACAGAAAUGGCGGGUGAGUCUGCAGAGGCUGUACAAGAGGAAUUACUACAAACCUCUCAGGCAGCUGCCUUGACCGACACCUCUGCUCCCCACACCUGCUCUAGUGGUCCAGAUAUUCAGCCAAAAGGUUCCCAUGAUUGCAUAGUUUUAGAACCAUCACUGGAGCAAGCAGAAAAGAGAGAACAUGUGCAGCUUGGUGAGCAGAUUCCUGUUAACAGGAGCCCCAGUUCCACUAGACCUGGUGAAUUGCAGAAGGUAGAUGGACUUAUCAGAUCCUCCUCCUCCUCCUCUUUGGCCAUAUCAGAGGAGCAUCACCAUAAUCUUGCCCUCUUGCAUCCAAGUACAGAAGAACUUCACAAAAAGUAUGGACUCGCUGGAUCAAGAGGCUCCCAAGGAGAUCUGUGUGUCAGACCCAGUCCGGUAAAAGUAGCCUCCUCCUCCAUGUCACCCAGGACAGCUCGAAAAAGCAGUAGAGGGUCUUUUGUUCAAACUAGAAAUCCAUCUGUUCAUCAGAUAAAUGACCCUGAUAGUAAGUAUGACAUAGUGUACAUUAGUAAAUCAAUAACGGAGUGUGAACCUGAACCCAGGAAGCACAUUAGCCCUCGACGCAAUGCACGGAAAAGCACAAGAGGCUACAAGUGUGUUGAAGACUGUUUGGAACUGAAAACUGUUCUUCAAGGACCCAGAAAGUCUUCAGAACUCAGUGAAAAGGGCAAUUGUCCAAAUCCGAUGGCAGAGGUCAUCACUACUGUUGCCCCUAAACCAACCAUUUCCAAGCCCGAUGGAAUACCUCCAGUAGAUCUACCAUUUGCAGGAGGCUGUGGCGAGACUGCUGGUCAGAAAACACCUUUGAAAAAAGUGGCAGAGAUGGAAAUUGCUGGAGAUGAAGAUAUGGAAGGGUCUGAGGCAGAGCCGAUGGUAGAAACUAGUCAGACAGACCAACCUAGGCCCAGAGGGCAAGUGUCCCAUCAUUUACAAGCAGAUGAGUCUCACCUUUUGGCAGAAGUCAGCCAAACAGGCCAGACACCGUCGAGAGACCAGUCUUCCUCACAUCUUCAAGGGAGCGAGGUAAAAACUUCACAGUCAGACCAACCUAACCCUGAAGAUGCUGAAAAUGUCUGUUCUCAGGAAAGCGUAUCGAUACCGGUAGAACAUUUGGUCCAGAAUUCUGUUAACCUAGAGAUUCAAGAAUACAGAAAUGAAUGUGGUGGCCCUUUACAAAAUAAAGAGGAACUCACUGACAUGGUGGAUGCAUCUGACCGUCUAUCAACUAUGACAAACCAGCCCCAGGUUGACUCAUUAGUCUCAACAGUUGAUAAUGUCACUGAGUCUCUUUUUGUGGCUCCUCCAGAGAUAAAAGACAUAAGUACUCCUGGUGAUUCUCAACAGCCUUCAGAUGUGAUAUCUCCAAUAGGACUUGUAGAGGUAAAAGAUGAUUUCUUGAGCAGUGCGAGUGAAACUGUUGAUGCAGAUGCUGCUCUCAGAACUGCAGAAGGUCAUCAAGCGGGUGUGACAAAAUCACGUCCAGCAAACACUGCAGAAGCUGUGGAGGACAUGGAAGCUGAUGAAGAGCACCACUUAGGUAGAAAUGAGAGCUUCUGCAGUUUGGCACAAGGGGAUAAUGAGUCGGAAAUGACAUCUGAAAUAGCCUGUACUGAGGAGGAAUCCUCUUCAAUGCCCGUCUCAAUACUGGGGAGUGUUCUGAAAGAGGAAGUUGAGACAAGCACUCAAGAAGAAGGUGAAAGCUCAAAAAGUAAAUCUAUCCCCCCUUCAGACAGAUGUUUGCGGUACAGACCGCAUUUAAUUUCUGCUAAGCACGUGACGCUUUCUAGAAGAUCCAAGAAAACUAGUCCUCAACCAGUUGUUGGACUCCAACACAAGACCUUUGAAAGUGUAUUGUCUGGGGAAUCGCAGAAGUCCAGGGCUUCCAAAACUGCUGUCGCUGGCCACUUGCCUGCUGCUUGCGAUGAUCUGAGCCUUUCGGAGAGCACUACUGAUACUACAGAUAAAAUUCAGUUGUCUUCUGAAGAUAAAUCAAAUGAUUUCAGUGAAGCAGAAUCUAGGGUAAGGACAAGACAAAGCUACAAGUCUUUGUCUCAUGAGGAAGUUACGGAGAAUAAGGGGAUACAGGAUAACAAUGAGUCAUGUGAUGUCAUAAUGGAAAAAAUGGCAACAACCGCAGAGGAAACUGUGACUAUCCCUACCUCAGUGAAAAGUGAAGUUCCUGAUCUUGAUUUUGGUGUGGAUUCUGCAGCAGGACCUUCAGAGCAGUCUGAAGGUAUGUCCUUAAGGAGGGAGAGUAGAAGAAUUGCCAGACCCAUGAGUUCUGGGAUUUUAAUGAACCAUAAAGGGUUGGUACUGAGAUCACAGUCUUUCCAGAAUCCUGUGAGACCACCGGUAGUUCCUGCAGUCCGGAAAACUGAACAAAAUCAUACAGAUAGUUCUGUGAAAGCCAUUGCGGGAAAGGGCUUGCAAUCGCAGAAAAGCAGUCCAGAUCUUUUGGGUUUGCAGACACUUGAUGUCUCUGCACCAGACUCUCCAAAAUUCCUGGAAGUUCUGAAGGACAGUGCCACUCAACAGCUGAUUGCCAAUCUCAAUGCAAGGUAUGACAAGAUGCAGAAAGGCUGGGUCCAGAUGGACAAAGAGGGGCAGCCAAUUGCAAAGCCCAGGAACAGGGGAGACCGCCUGAAAGAUAUCUGGAAAAGUAAGCGCAGGAUUAGGAAACCCAAAUCUUCAGAUGGGCAGAAAUACUCUCCAGUACAGAUGCUCUUCAUGAAGACGUUUGACUUGGCUACUAUCUGUCGCUGGUUUUUACAGUCCACAGAAACCAAAUCCCUCGUCAUUGUUAAAAAGGUCAAUACACGCCUCCCGUCUGAGACUCAGCUUGGCUUUCAGAGCUCUUCUGGAGCCCCAGGUACAUCACGUGGGGUCUUUCCAAGUUUGCAGGCGGAACGCUUAAAAAAGCACUUGAAGAAGUUUCCAGUUGCUUCUCCAGUUAAAAGCAAUCCCAAGAACCAGCAGCUUAUCGCUAAAGCCAGAGAACACAAUGGCUUUCAUGGGAAAGGGGUGGAAAAAGUGAAAGAGCAGACCUCUGCCACCAGAAUUUCCACUAAACCCAAUUGUCAACCUGUGCAACUCCAUACACAGGUUACUGCAGUACAACAGACUGUCCCACCAAGUGCAAACCUCCCUGCUAGUGCGAGGAUUUUAAGAAAAUACUCAAACAUCAGAGAAAAAUUGCAGGGGCAGAGCCAAAAAUUCCAGCACAACAAAAAUGCUCCAGUGAAAACACUGCUCACUCCGAAGCACGUGACCAAAAAGAAACUGGCAUCAGAGCCACGAAAGAAGAGCACAGGAGAUACAAGGUUAAACAAGAACGUACCCAAGGAAGUGAAGGCACCUCUCACUACAUCCAACAGAAGGGCUGUAGCGAUGGGCAUUGUGGAGGUGCAAGGCAGAAACAGAAGUGACAGAUUGUUGACCAUUAAGAGUAGAAAAGAUGAUAAGGCAAUGAAGAGCGAGCCUUCAUCACGGUUACCCAUGAGGCCCGAGAGAUCCUGUGCACCUUCCUCGUGUUCAAAAUCCUUAGUCAGACAUGUGGUUCCAGGAACCACAGCACAUAAAAAAACGAGUGUUUCUAAAGCGCAAAAAAACGAGCCCUUGAAAGCUACGAAGACAAGCUCCAGAGAUGCAAAGGAGCCGAAGGAACCAGUGGACAGCGGCACGGCAGGAACUGAGGUCUCCAGACAAACCAAGAUGGAGACUGCGCCGUUGCCUUUGAAGGCACAAGUGCUUACCAGGUCUCAGAGGAAGAUGGAGGCUGUGCAGAUGGAGAGCGCCGCCUCAAAAUCCCCCCGGAAGCGAAACCAGGAUGUGGCAUCUGCUCCUGUGCCGGCCAAGAGUGCUAGGACUUCGCUUUUGAAAACCGGUAUCUUCCCUGAGCCUGAGUCUGAGGUGCUGCUUUGACCAAAGGAAGGACGUCCGUCAGAAGGUAUUGGGGACACCGGUGUGGAAACUGGAGAUUCUUGUGGACCGGUGCGUUCUCAUGGCCCCUCAGACAAACACAUAGAGAAGUGGUAGUUCUCUAAGGUCACCUAAGACUUUGGAACUUUUCGAAAAUUACGAGACAGCCGAGUCUUCUGGGAAUGGUGGCACUUCAAAUGCAGUUAAUUGAUUGCGUGGUCAUGUGAGAAGAGGACGAGCACAGACGUUUGGCCUUUUUCUGGGCUGGUUGUAAAGUGUUUUUUUUAUUUUUUUUUUUUUUUUUCUAUAAACGCACAAUGCUUGCAAUCAAAGGGGGUGUAUAGUGUAUAGUGGGGUGAUGGAUACAUCUGGUGCCUUAAUGACGUCUACAGCGACUUGAUGCACGGUAGAUGGAGCCAGUGAGAGGGAACAUGUGUCCGUUCACUUUUCUGUCGUGUUGAGACCCAUUUGCCAUUUUUUUUAAAGCUUGCUGAAGAGCAUUAUUUCUGAAGCGUGCACAUUUGGAGGAUGCUUUUUUUUUUUUUUUAAAUUUUAAAAUUCCAGACCAAUGGGGAAAUGGAGAGCAACACAGCUGCAGUACACUUUCUGUGAAGAUUAUUUAAGCAAGAACUUUUGGAAAAAUCACGAUGUACAUGGUGAUUACUCUUCUCAGUGACGCUUCGGCUGGUAGCUUUUUGUUUUCUUUCCGCUGAUGUCCCUGAUGUCAUCGGCAUGAUUGGCUUUUUAUUUCCUUUUGGUUGCUCAUGUGGUGCAGGAUUUUACUCAGAUUUGAGGACUGAGUUCCCUGAAAGCUAAUUUAUGUGUGAUUUAUGUAUCUUAUGUACUAUUUUGUGAUGGGCAUUAUUUAAUCAAAAUUAUUGCCCGAACCAGAUAAUGACUUUGAUGUUAGUGACACCUCUGACUAGCCUUUGUUAUUUAAUAUGUUAUUCAUCUGCUGUUUUUUGUGUAGGUAUUCAUGGCAUUUUGAAAGUAUUUGAGGUGUUUUAAACAGCUUUCAUUUAGACAUCUUUGGAGAGUUCAGUCCCUGCAGAAUCGGACGAUGAAGGAGAGCGGACGUCCUGAACUUCACUUUGACUUCGUCUUCCUGCAGUGCGGUGGCCAAGCCUGCAGCGUUUGUUUGACAUUAUUAACAUGUGAAGGAAUUUAUCUUUGGGUUAAGGUGUUUAUAAAUAUUUCCCAUUCGGAAGCUCAGAGAAAUGUACUUGCUUUGUCUGCAACCGACUUCAGAAAGGCCUCAAUGCAGCUCUUUCAUGUAGAGAAGUAUUUUCUACUUUUUUUUUUUCCCCCCCUUCCUCUGCUUUGCUUUGUUUUACCUUUGCAGUUCCUUUUUUUUUUAUUAUUUUUGUUAUAAAGUGUAUAUUUAUUUUGAGGGUGAAUCUAUGCAUUGACUGUAUGGUACCUCGGGGCUGUCGGAGUGCUUUAGGACGCAGUCACACAGAGUGUUUUAUUUCUGAUUUCAGUGCGCUGUGGCUUUAUUAGCUGUGUGUUUCGUAAGCUCUGUACCUUUAACAGGGACCCUGACAUUGUAAACGAAAAUAUGUAAAUAUGAUAUAGGUGUCAAACAAAAAGGCUUCAAGCAAGCAAAGAUGUGUGCUGUCAAGUGGCUAUAAGGGCUCCCAUGAAAGUGCGAGCUGUGGCAUAUUCUGGAAUUGGGCUCCCAUCGGCGACACAUCAGCACGAUUCCGGGGGGUGGAAACCCACAAAGAAUGGUUGCCAUCUGUCACCUUUAUCUGUCCAUCUCUGUGUCCACUUAUAGAGAUGGCUCUUGACCUUUGACCUCUAAUGGAAGUCGUCAAGGCCUUUUCUCACAGUACAUCUGUGUUGAUCGGUUGUACUCUGCGGACUUGUCUUGUUUCUAUUAUUUACCUUACGAGUAUGAGCUCAUUUAGUUUAUUAUACGCAUAUUGAUGACUUUUCUCCUGAAAAUGUGGGUUCCAAAGAUUCACCGCAGUAAAUAAUCUAUGUGCCCCUAUAUUCUUUUAGUGAUUGUUACUGAUGUCAUUUUUGUUCGUGUUUCAUUUUCAAGAUGUUUAUUUCUGAGUGGGGUUGCAUGUAAACACAAGCUCAAGGCCAGCAAAGGCUCCCACUCAAUCCUUAGCAGGAUGGCUUGUGCGGGUUCGAGUGGGUGUGGCAAGGAAGCCGAGAUGCUCAGUGGAUAGGUGGGCAGGUUCACAAAUGAAAUGGCUCCUUUCUUUGUCGCUCAUUUGCAUAUUUAUUGUUCACUGUAAACCCCCUCUGUUUUACCCGGGGAUUUUUUGCAAACACACACAAACACCAUCUUCAUGUCUGUUGUAGCGGUAAGUUAUUCACAGUACUUUCAAGUCGAAGGUGUAAUAUAUAGACAUAGAUAUAAGCUAUUAGUGUUAUAAAUACAGAUGUUAUGCUUCAGCUGAAAAUAAUGUAUCAAAGGUGAUUAUAUAUUCAGAUGUUUAUCAACAUUGUUGUUGUUAUGGAGCACUGGUGAGUUGGGAGGUCAACUUACCUGAGAGGGGUUGGGUAGCAGCUCCUGUUAGGUGUUUUUCUUUUUUUGGCUGAGUGGGUUGAGGGUUAGAAACGGUGAGAGCGGAGGGCUGCAGCCGCACGCAGAGGCGGAGUGGUGCACUCGCACCCUAGCGGAGCUCUGGGCACCUCCUCACGCUCCUGGUGUUGCUUUUCAAGGUUCGAGACCCAAAAGCGCUCGCUCGCUGACAUAAAGGGCCCGACAGAGUGUGGGGCGGAGGCUGUGGGUGUGGGUUCACGCCCCGCUCACUAUGCGCUCCACCCUCCGUUUGCAGGGUUGUUGAGGGGGUGGGGGAGGACAAUGAAAGAGAAAAAGGGGGUGGGGGUGGGCUCUGCCAUGUUUUAUGGCUGCACUGGUCCAUAAAUCACAAUUUCAUUAAAUGCUCUGAGCUCAGGCUUUUGGAUUCUCCUUUUAUCUUCGGUCCCCUGGGAAUGCAUCGGCGUUUUGCCCCACCCCCGCCCUCCUCGUUCGGUUUUGUUUUUCCUGCACAGUCACUCCACACAGAACAAUCCAGACAUGCCAACAAUAUUUUUAUUUAUCAGCUUGCCCAGUAGCUGGAAUCGUAGUGGGACGAAGUCAAUGGGGGGUGGGGUCAGUCACAUGUGAUGAGUUUGAGCUGUAGCAAUAUGAUGCAAUUUUAACAUUUCCAUACAUGUCACCAUAUUGAUAAGUUUUAUGUUUGCGGGGUGAGGAACUUGAUUUUUUUUCAUUUGCUAAUCUGGGUUUGGUUGUAGAGUCUUCAGUUUAUCUUUGGAAAUCACAUUAGUGUAAAUAAAAGCAAUAUUGUGUGUGUCUAUAUAUAAUAGAGGGACAAACGUAUGAAGAAAUACACGCAUGUGAACACCUGUGUUUGUGCCCUGGUCACGUCACUCCUGUGGCUUUCAGCUGUCGGCCGGAGAGUGUAUAAAUAUAUUUGAUCACUUCUGUGAAAAACAUGCAAAGGUGACAAUGUUCCUGAAGAUUCUGCUGAAAUGACCACGACUUUGUGACUUUUUGUAGAUAUCAGGUUUCAAUGUUUUGGCACAAAUUAGGUUCAGCCUCGUUGGUAUAUUUUUACAUCGUGUCCUUUCCAGCACGGUGCCCUCACAACUGGUAACGUGAAGUCUGUGAAGAAGGUGCAAACAGGGAGACGUUGUCCGAGUAGCAUUAGUGCUGAGAGGAUCAGGUGUGUGUAGGUGUGUGCGUGUGUGUGACUGAGGGAGAGAGAGUUUAACUGACAGCAUACAGUUCAGAAUAUAUUUAUGGAGGAAUUAUGGGGGGGAGGAGACUUCCGCAAGUCUGAGUCCAGCUGACAUUACACAGGGUGGGAGCGGUCAGCGGGUCACGAGGACCGUGUUGGGUCACCUGUCACACCUGCGGCAGUGAAGUUUACCGUGGGCAUGACGGCGCUCAAAGAAGUGGGAGGAAGCAUUAAGCCAGAGAACUGGAGAUGUCAGAGCAGCACGGUGGACGGGGCGGCGAUGAGAGCAAACGGCGAUGCGAGCGUGUGCGUGUGCGUGUGCGUGCGCGCACGUUUGUGUGUUCCGUCGGACCAUCGAGUGCGCCGCGUCACGGGACGCAGGAGAGAAACCGGCCUCUGCACAUACAUCACGUCCGCGGGUUGUUUUCGUUUCACAUACUAUGUAUUUCUAACUGGUGUCCAUUAAAAAUUGUUUUAAAAAGUGUGUGUACUUGUGGGUGGUGUGUGUACCUGUCAUCUGACUGCCUUCCUCCUCCCUCCUCAUGAAUGAAUCAUUAAACAUUUAAGAGCUCAGCUGUGGCCUGUGUGUGUGUUCAGCUUCAUUUCCUUCACACACCUUUGGCUCUUUUGGAAAACUGAACAAAUCUUGGCGAUGCUGUAGGGUAGUAACUGACAUUUGCCCCAGUGAAACGUCUCUAGAGCGAUUCUCGCCAAUAGAGCGAGACCCCAGUUUUGGUACCAGGAAGUAAGUGGACACACAUUGAAUAGUAGGCUUCACAUCUGUGCAUUUAGACCAUAGUACAAUGGUGUAAAUGUAACAGGCGAGUGGGAUCCUUUCACAUUCUACGACUAAUAUAGAACUAGGAUGUUUCCUCCGACGUGCCAGUUCAUGAAGAGGGACACGUGCCGCCUUUGUGUGCCCAAAAACUGGGGAGUGGGUAUGAAUGGACCCGUGUGGCACAGGGGGUGUCACAUGAUCACGAUCAUUACCGCCUCCUUCAUAAGCACACUCAAUAUGUGGAACUAUUUUUAUUUUUACAACUUCAUUUGUACAACUGGAUAUUUACUGACAAGUACUAGUUAAGUGCCUUGUUCUGGGGUUUAACUGGGACCCAAGUGUACAAUCUGUGGUCCAGCUCAGCUAGUUAACCACUCUGCCACCUGCUGUUCAAUACAACACACACACACACACACACACACACACACACACACACACACACACACUGUACCUGCAGGCUGGGGGACAAACCUGUAGCCAUCUUCAACAUACGAAGUACAUUCAAAGUGAAAGUGGAACAUAAUGGCAGUGAAGAGAGUAAAAUCUCUUGCUCUCGCACCAUUUUCAGGUUCCGGAUCACGUCCACGUUCUGCUGCUGAGUCUCCUAAAGCGACGCUGCUGUCGCUGCUGUCGCUGAGCAAGUCCUGAUAGGCGGCGCUCUAGACGUCCACUGGACAGACAGCGAGCAGCGGGGGGACUUUGGGAGGGAAUCGUCUCUCCGCCUCCUCGUUCCUUCAUAUCACUUGUAAAUCCCCAAAUUCACGUCAAUCAUGUGCAGUCAUUGCAGCACAAAUUCCACACUGCACUUAUCCGGGUCCACAGAAACAUCCUGCACUGUAAGAAGCGUAAGAUAACGUGCUUUUUACCAUGUUCGCCACACAGCGUCGGAAUAGCAUGAAGAGGUAACACUUCGAAGCUGCAGUUUUGGGCUUAGUAGCGGGAAUGCACUAUCUCAUUACAAAUGCUUCAUAGUUGUUUCCAUCCUUUUUCUUUUUUCUACUAAUAACUGGCAAAAUGUGCCUUAUUUUCAGGUCAGGAAAAACAGUUUUAAAAAAAAGCGCACCAACUGGAAAUAGAUAUAUUCACAAGUAGGACAACAUGUACAAUAUUUCGAUGUAACUGCCUCCCCUGGAACAAGACCAUCCAUUUGCUAUUCGGUUUUGGCAAUUUACAAACUGGCUUGUUGGAGUGAGUGCAGAAAAACAGGAAGGAAAAAAAAAGAUGAACUAGGGAAACCCAGCAAAAUCCACACUGCUGCUCCUGGCUUCCAUGAAAACACCCAUUUAUACUCAACAUAUAAAAAUACUAUAUGAAAUGAAAUAGAAAUAGAAAUAUAUAUAUAUUAGCAUCUGUUAGGCAUUUCUGUAUAAAGAGGGCUAAAGAAGUUACAUCAGGAAAUACAAUAAUAUAACAAAAUAAAAAUAAAAAACCCAAAAACAAUAAAAAAAAAAAAAAAAAACAUUCUGC